GCCGGCCGUAGAAGAACACCUCGAGCUCCCACGGCACGCGACUGGCAAGGUCAUCGGAACCAAGGGCCAGCAGAUUGCCGAAAUUCGGCAAAAAAGCGGUGCACAGGUAGAUGUGGACAAGUCUCCUACGGGCUGCAGGGUGCGUUUCGUGGGAACGCAAAGCCAGGUGGAUGUGGCGAAGGCCAUGAUCAACGCCAUCAUGACUCCGCCGACAGACUCAGGUAGUGGAGAGUACCUGGAGAUUCCCCGAAGCGCCGUGGGGCGCAUCAUCGGCGCUGGAGGUACCAGGAUACAGGAGCUUCAGGAGCGCAGCGGUGCCAAGAUUGAUAUUGACCGCCAGCCUGACCGCUGCCUCGUACGUUUCGGUGGCUUUCCGGACAACGUGCAGCUGGCCAAGACUCUAGUGACCGAAGUGUUGGAAGGCAGGGAUAGAACGCAGCUGGCAGAAGCAGCAGCCACCAUGGAGAUUCCUCCAAGUGUCACCGGCCGAUUGAUCGGUCCUGGUGGCCGGCAAAUCAAUGAGAUUCAGGAGAGAAGUGGCGCAAAGAUAGACUUGGACAAGGGACGAGAUCCUUGCAUUGUGCGCAUGACGGGGUCAGCAGAUGCUGUCGCACUGGCACAGGUCAUGAUUAGAGAG